AUGGCUGAAUAUGCGGCUCCCGACGAUAAACACAAGAUGCGCUCUUCACAAAGAACUAUCAGUCGGAGUCCCAAACACUUCCCACGCCCUGAUGUUUUUGACGAAAUCCAACUAGGCCCAUAUGUGACCAAGGUAGAUGCAAAGCUUGCCCAGAUUGUGUGGAGCGAAGCAGAUACUCGUCUGGGACGACAUUGGAAACGAAUGAAAGGCCGCCCAUAUACCGACACCAGAGCACCAAUCACCGAGGAGGUCCAUGUAUUGGUCAACAAUGUCUACGAGCACCUGAUGAGUCGGCCUUUCCUUCCAACAUCCGCCGUCGAAGCUGUGGACUUUCAAGAUGAAUUUCUGUUCACAAAGUUAUGGAAUACAGCUGAGAUAAUUACACCGUUUAAAAAGGACAUCAUUCUUGGAUCUCCUAUUAAAACGAUUGCGGUCUGGGAGACGAAAGCAAUCAAAGACGAACUCACUCUGAGAGGACUCAAAACAGCUGGAAGCCGGGAUAGACUCAUAGCCCGACUCGUUGACGACGAGGUCGAAACACAUUGCGGCAUCAUGCGAAUGAGCAACCUUUCUCACUGGGGAAUUAAACGCCCCGAAAAAUACGUAUUGCAACCAGCAAAAAGCCAUUAUACCAAUGCGCUGGACAUGUACACAUUUGCUAUUCAUCUGAGUCCGUACAACCCUGCUUACUGGACCAGCCGCGCCUACUGCUGGUACCAACUAGCGCACUUUGACAUGGCGCUCGGAGAUGCCUGGCGUGCAAAAAUCUUGUGUGAUGUGCUGCUCAAAGAAGACGAACACUCUCGUCGACCUGGUCUGUAUCCGCGUGUUUGGCACGCUAUCGAGCAGCAUUUCCUCGCCGAUCCUCGAAAAGGCGGAUCACUGAAACCAGAGCUUCUUCGUAUGCGACAGAGCGGCGUUGACCAGUUUAUCACCCCUCUGAUGAAAGCAAUUGACAACAUCAGCACUCUCUGCCUAUUAGGUGUGAACUCUGGGACUGAGCUGCGCGCCGGCCUUUUCGAAGGGGAUACCGUCAAAACCAGGCUUCGCGACGAAUAUGUGCCUGAGCUUCGCAAAAGGGUCACCUUAGCCGCGCAGACAGCCUAUGACAAACGACCAUGGGCUCCGAACCUCUUCUGGCAUGAGAGAUUUACGGGUGCGAUCUCAGCUCGUGAGAGAUAUCCAUUCAAUCAGGAAGACUUGGAUCGGACAGAACCCAGUUUCCUGGCCAAAUUGAACAAAUACGUUUUCCAGUCCUCAGGUCCGAAUAUAAAUGUCCGACAGAUUACUACUCCGCGUGAAAAUUUCAUGGGACUUGAAGUCUGCGCGAAAAAGCCCAUCAAUAAAGGGGAUCUGAUUUAUUUUGAAGAGCCAACUAUUCGCAGUCAUCUUCCGCCCCGAAGAAUGGCUCUGGAUGAAACUGCAAAGCAAGAUGAAGUCCGGUGUGAAAAUUGCCAGACUUUGAUACCUAAACGAGAUGUGGAAAGAGCAGCCAAGCUUGCUGCAGAUAAAACCCUAGCCUGCAAAUGCUUGAUGCCUGAAGAGAACAGACCCAGUACAGAUGGCAAGAUAUUCUGCAAGACAAUUACGCCCGAGGGAAUGACCUGUCUGCAAAUUGCCCGGCAGAACUAUCACUUCACUAGCUGUGGCAAAGACUGGACCUGGCUGUAUGACACGAUGCGAUCCAACAUCGCUAACUGGCAGGGCUUGGAGCAUAUAAGCCACAGUAACGAGCACUUUGGCACAACGAUGAGUUUGCUUUUGAGAAAUGUAUUUGAGAUCACACUCCACCGCCGGGAAAAAUCUGGUGAUCCAUAUAUUUCUCCACAUGAGAUCGACGAGCUUCUUGUAUUAGAUGACCAAGCACUUUCCUGGUCGAAGAGUUACUUCCCCUUUACAUUGCGUGGUAAUAUCGUUGUACCGUUUGAUAUCCUCCAGUGUCUGGGUGUCGAUAUCUUCCGUGACCUCACCUUCGAUACGUGGGCUAUCCAGAUUGUGAUGCGGAAGCUUCUCACCAACGUCGUGCCGUGGGAGCAUAGACGUCGAGGCAACGUGCCUGACAUGCUCCACACAGAUCAAUUCAAAUACCCCCAGCUUCCAAAUGAUCAAGACUUGAAAAUCAAGCAGAAAACGCCUUUCACGGAUUGGGAUCCUUCGUUCCCGAACCUAUAUCUCUUCCCAGGGCUGAGCAUGUUCAACCAUGCCUGUCGAGGAAAGAAUAAUGCAGACUGGGGCUACGAUAAGAAGGUUCCUAACCGAGUAGUUGUGUGGGCCACCGAAGACAUCGCAGCUGGGCAGCAGAUCAGUAUUCGCUAUCGAUACGGCAAAUUCCGCUCUCAGAAUCGCGCUAUCCGGUUCUUCGGUGAUGUCUGCGACUGUCCAGCUUGCAAGGAAGAGGUACCACCGCCCACCUAUGACCCAAAAUUUCAGCUGCCUAGUCCUUAUUACGAUAGCGAUCAGAGUAUCUUGACAGGUCAGUUUGAUACCCCAAAGCAUCAACAGGUUGCACCUCAAAAUAUAAGAAGAUUUGGUGAAUAUGCAGAGAUCGAAGACGGCAGAGUGGUUAUCCGGCGUCGUAUUGGAAAUGAGGGUUACGGGAAACCCCAACUAAACGACGGGCCACAGGGCUUUCUCAUGGAUACCCCUCGUGCGUAUGGAAAAACUAGCAGAGAAGAGAGGAAAAGAAGGACUGGAGAGACAGAUGCUCAAUGGAAACAGAGAUUGGUGGCUUUCGACGAAGAUAAGAAACGAAAGUACACAAAAGAGCAGGAAUCGAAUAUCGAACUAGAUGCGAAGAAGGCUCGAGUUGGGAAAUGA